AUGCCAAUUGAUUUCUUCAACUUCUCCAGCAAGAUCCGGAUUAAGGUCUAUAAAGAACUCUUGGUAGUUCCAGAAAUCGUCACAAUUGAAUUGAAUCUGGAUUCCCCAAGCAGGCCCUAUAUGGUUCGGGGUUCAUUAUAUUUAUACCCAGAAGUUCUUCUUGCAAAUAAAAUGGCACAUCAUGAAGCCGGCCCUUUACUUUACUCUGGAAAUUACUUUCAGUUCGGCAUAGAUAUGCCAGUAUAUGAAAUAGGGUACGACACCGAAUAUAAGAUUUUCACUUCAUUUCUCAAUUACAUCGGGCUUCAAAACACAGGCUUUCUCAGCUACCUCUACAUCGCAUUUCCAGCCUACAACAACCACCGUCCCGGAGGCAUUGCACUAGAAGACAAUAGUAUGUCUACCCUGAACCUCAUCCGAGAUAUAUGUACGGAUAUUGCUAUGCUUAAGAUGGUGUUACAGUCUGAUACUACUGCUGAAGCGCUAGCUGUUGUGCACACCCAGCUCAAUUCUAUGCCAUUGCUAAAAGAUAUUAAAGUCGUCGUAGACGAUGGACUACUUUGUGAGGAUCUGAUCGAGAAGAUGCGCAAUUGGGGUUGGACAGUCAAGGUCGUUGAACUAAAGGAGGCAUCGGACCGCUUCGGAUCUAAUAGCUGGGGUUAUAAUGACGAUGACUAUGGAGAUGAGUAUGGUGACGACGACAACAUAUAG